UGAUGGGUUCGUCUUGUCUGCAGUUCAAAAUCACUUUCCUCGCAGUUUCACAUAUGACUAAAUUCAUGGAAGCAGUAUGGACUGCGCACGUAUUUGUUGCAUGGCAUGCAGUCAAACAAUUCGAAACUAAACUUGAAGAAAAAGAUAGUAGAGGAAUUCAUGAUUGCUUGUAAAGUUGUGGGUCAUGGAGUUUCUGAGAAUUCUGUGCAGUUUGGUUUUCGUGUGUUUGAUCAAUGUGUUGGAAGCAAGAUUUUUUGCCUUGCCUUCGAAUUGGACUGUUGUCAAUAACUCUAGCCUUUCAACCCUUCGUACAGAGCAAGGGACAUUCAGUGCAGUCACAGAUGGCAAGGGGAAUCCCAUAAUGAGUGAGGAUAAGAGAUUUCAGUUUGGAUUCAUCAAUGUCGAUUCUUCUGGUAAAUUUAUUCUUUCCAUUGUUUUGGUUGUGAAUAUUACAUCCUCAGAUUUUGGAACUGAGAUUUGGACUGCAAAUAGGCAGAGGACUGUUGCAGAAGGUGCAGUGCUUAGUUUAGGGAGUAGUGGGGAUAUGGUAUUGGAAGAUACAGAUGGAACAGUGGCCUGGAAUAUCAGUACUGGUAAGACCCAAAACAAGGCCAUUGCAAUGCAGAAGUCAGGUAAUUUGCAGAUAUAUAAUACUACAAAUUCUUCACUUUUUUCGAGUUCUAGGCUUGUAUGGCAGAGUUGGGACCAUCCCACACAUACCCUCUUACCUGGGCAGAGGCUAAAGACAGGCUAUACAUUGGUAUCCAAUCACUCUGCAACAAGUUCCAGCCAAGGGUCCUAUAAACUGGUUAUGGAACCUGGAGGAAUGGUCCUGUACUACAAAAGCAAGUUUUAUGAGCCUUAUUGGUCUCUGGGGCUGCCUGGAUUGAAUUAUGAAGGCAUUCUAAGGCCAUGUUUCUAUACUUCCUCCUCUCAGAAUGCUGAGGCCUUGUAUACAGGGAUAAAACUACAAAUUUCAUUCAGUGAGACUGUUGCUGAUUCUUCUACAUCGUGUUCAAAUGGAACCACUGCUUUGAAUCUGACACCUGCCUUUAAUGACACCCAAUACAAGUUCAUGAGGCUGGACAUUGAUGGUAACCUCAGAUCAUACGGGGUACCUCCAGUGACAUUUCCAGGCAUAGGCAACGAUUCUCCAGCUUGGGGUGCAGACUUUGGGUUAGAUCGAUCUGAAAGGUGUGUUCUUCCAAAAGUUUGUGGACCUUAUGGCAUCUGUACGAAAGGCCAGUGCAGCUGUCCAGGCUCUGGAACUCCUGAUAACUUUGAUCAAAUUCAGAAUUUGGAUAUUACCCAAGGAUGCCACAGCAGAUCAGGUGAACCGGAUUGCAACUCAACUUCUGUGGGUCAUCAUUUUUUGCCUAUUGAGGAAGCAAAUUACUACCUAAAUGAUUUCUUCCAGCCUCUGAGGAAUGUGUCUACGAUUGAUGAUUGUAAAGCAAUGUGCUCAUCCAACUGUUCUUGCACUGCGGCCUUCUUCCACAAUAGCUCUGCUUUAUGUUACCUUACAACGGGCCCCUUGAACUCAUUGAAAUCUAUGUCAAACCAGACAUACAAGGCUUAUAUCAAGGUCCAGAAUGGCAUGCCACCAAACCAGACUUCAGCCUCUUCUUCCUUGAGCAGUGGCAUCAUAGCAGGGAUAACAAUAGGCUCAGCAGCAGUAGCACUCUUCCUCUGCCUGAUCAUCAUUGUAACCAUUCAGUUCAUGCGAAAGAGCAAAGUCAGUGAAGAUGACAUGUAUGAGGAGGAGAUUGACCCCACAGAAAUGGAAGAGGAAGCAUUCUUGAAAACCCUUCCAGGCCUUCCCCCAAGAUUCACAUAUCAUGAACUCAAGGAAGCCACUGAUAACUUCAGCAGAAUUCUUGGAACAGGGGGAUUUGGAUCAGUCUAUGAAGGCAAUCUUAAAGAUAAUAGCAAAGUGGCAGUGAAAAGAUUAGAUGGGCCAAGGCAAGGAUAUAAGGAAUUCAGAGCUGAAGUUGCAACUAUAGGCAGCAUAAGCCAUUUGAAUCUGGUAAGACUCAGAGGAUUUUGUGCAGACUGUAAACAGAGGCUAUUGGUUUAUGAGCUUUUAGAAAAUGGGUCUCUGGAUAAGUGGCUGUUCCCACCCAGAACAGGAAGCCAAGGAAGUCCAAAUUCAGAAGAAAACAGCAAUAUUUUUUUAAAAUGGGAACAACGGUACAAUGUUGCAAUAGGAACUGCCAGAGGCUUGGCCUAUCUCCAUGAGCAAUGCAGGGAGCCCAUUAUGCACUUAGACAUAAAACCUCAAAACAUUCUCCUGGACAAGAACUUCAUGCCCAAAGUCUCUGAUUUUGGCAUGUCUAAGCUCCUCAGUGAGGACAUGACCCAAAUUGUAACAGCGGUGAGAGGGACACCUGGUUACCUUGCUCCUGAAUGGCUAAGGCAUUCCAUUGCCACUAAGAAAUGUGAUGUCUACAGCUUUGGGAUGGUGUUGCUAGAAUUGGUCUCUGGGAGAAGGAAUUUUGACCCUUAUGCUUCUGAUCCUCGCCUCUGUUAUUUCCCUGCAUGGGCAAUGCUCAGGGCCCUGGAGGGUAGGUACCUGGAAUUGGUGGACAAGAGGCUUGAUAACAAUGUUGAUAGGGAGGCUGUUAUCAGGAUGACUAAGGUGGCAUUCUGGUGCAUUCAGGACAAUCCUGACAAGAGGCCAUGGAUGAGUGCUGCACUGAAGAUGUUGGAAGGGGAAUUGAAUGUUCCUGAUGCACCUUUGUGGUUGGUGCAAAGGGGUCCCGAGUUCUUGGAAGAAUAUGGAUAUGAGCCUACAGAGAGAAGUGAGGAUGAAUCAUUGCUUGGAAAUGUGAGGGUAUAUGAUAGCAUUCCCACUGUGUCCACCACAGAGCUAUCUGGUCCAAGAUAAUGAUAUCUACUCUUACUUGCUAAACUUUUCUAUAUAAUAAAAGCAGUUGAAGAUGGGAAGUUGGAUGCCACCUUUGGGGUAGAAGCUGCAGAUCAAUGGGUAUUAGCAUAGGCAAGAAUCACCCUGCGUAAUGGACAAAUCUGUGCACCCUGGAAAGUUUCUACCCUGAACAUUUUAUGCUGCUUUUAUUAAAUAAUGUUUAUGCUUAAAUCCCCUUUUCUUUUUUGCUAGCUGUCACUUUGUUCUGUGACAAUAGAAAAUGAUCUUAUGUGGUAUACAGAACUUUCCCUCUAUUGCCCCCAUGGGAGGAGAUGACAAUAGAAAAUGGUCUUAUGUUUAUGCAAAAGUUUUACUCAAUCCCCCCCAUGGAAGGAAGUGAGAACUUGUUCCUUGGAAAUGUGAGGACAUAUGAUUCAAUUCCCAUAAUGUGCUUCACAGAGCUAUCUGGUGACUGGUCCAAGAUAAUGAUGUCUUAUUGUGUUUGGUAACAUUAUGUAAUAGAGCAGCUGAAGGUGGAUGUUGAAUGCCACCUUUGAGGUAGAAGCUGGAGAGCAUAGGGCAUUAGCAUACACAGUGCACUGAAGUUCAAGAUCUGCCCAUCUGUAGUUAGCCACCAUGGACAGUUUCUGCCAUGGAAGUCUUUUGUUGCUUGAGCUAAAUAUUGCUUAUGGUUGUAUUUGCUAGUUGUUACUUUGAUCUACGUGAGAAUAUGAAAUGCUUUUAUACAGA